UCCACCUUUCACCUUCCAUCAACAUCGUUGGAGCCUGCCAUCGACCAUCCAUCGAGUGGUGGCUUUUCUUGGUUGCCGUCGUCGCCAAGCAUCACCAACCAUUGUUCCAACCGCUUGUGAAUGCUCGUCGUGUCUCCCAGACCACAAGCAGUCUGAGGAGUCCCACCUGCAGCAUCGCACUCACCCUUGAUUUUUUUUCCUCAGGCAGCUGCCACGCCGACGACUCAAUCGCGUCACCUGCGAAAAUCAUCAGCUCGCCACCAUGUCUCGCAACGGCACUACGCUCUACGUGACCGGCUUCAGCCACGGCACUCGCGCGCGCGACCUCGCGUACGAAUUCGAGCGCUAUGGCCGGCUGGUUCGCUGCGAUAUUCCGGCCCCUCGGUCCGCGAGCAGCAGGCUGUUUGCGUUCGUGGAGUACGAGGAUCGCCGAGAUGCAGACGACGCGUACCACGAGAUGCAUAACAAGCGUAUUGGCCGCGAUGACAUCUUGAAGAUCGAGUGGGCCCGCACGCCUCCGUCCGCUUCGUGGCGAUUCGACCGCAGCGAUAGAGAUCGUGCGCCUCGUCGCUCUCCUCCCCGCCGUCGCUCGCCGAGCCCCCGCCGUCGCGAUUACUCGCCCCGCAAGGACGACCGCCGUGACCGGGACCGGGACCGCGACCGUGACUACGACCGCGAUCGCCGCGACACCCGUGACCGCUCGCGUAGCCCGGAUCGCGACAGAGACCGCGACACGAAGAUGGAUGACCGUGACCGCGAUGAUCGCGACCGCCGUGAAAACGGCGCUAACGGCGACGACAGGAAGCCCAUCGACAGUCCCGACCGGCCGGCCCACGACGACCUCGACGUCGCCGAGUGAAACACUCUCUCACCUCUGGGAGCCCUUGUCGACUCCAGUUCUUUCGGGGGGUCUUGGUUGUAAGACUGUCAAUGCGUUUGGCGCUCUCUUUUCUCGUCUGGUGGCCUACUGAUGCUGGGCGCCUCUGGGCGCCCAACUUGAAAAGCGCGUCAUUCCCAUCCU